AUGCUACCAGGAACAAAACUUUACAAGAAUGAUGGUGAGUUGUUGGACAAUCCUUCUCUUUAUAGAAGUAUUGUCGGAGCUCUUCAGUAUCUUACUUUUAGCAGACCAGACAUAGCAUAUGCAGUUAAUUAUGCUUGUCAGUUCUUGCAACAACCUACGACUACACAUCUCAUUGCAGUCAAAAGAAUUUUGAGAUAUAUACAAGGCACUCUUGACUAUGGGAUUCAGUUUACUUCAGGAUUCCUAGAGUUACAGGCCUACACAGAUGCUGAUUGGGCAGGUGACCCUAAUGAUCGCAGAUCAACAUCAGGUUAUGUAGUCUUAUUAGGGAGAAAUCCCAUUUCUUGGGGAGCAAAGAAACAAACGACAGUAUCCAGGUCUUCCACAGAAGCAGAGUAUCGAUCUCUUGCAAAUUCAGCGUGUGAGUUGGUUUGGCUCAAACAGUUAUUGCAGGAAAUCCACAUCACUCUUCAUAAACCACCAGUUAUCUGGUGCGACAAUAUUUCUGCGAUUACUCUUGCUCAUAAUCCAGUCUUUCAUAGUAAGACUCGACAUAUGGAAAUUGAUGUUCAUUUCGUUCGAGAGAGAGUUCAAAGGAAGGAAAUGCAAGUCUGUCAUCUCUCUAGUACUGAGCAACUUGGAGAUAUUCUGACCAAAAGCUUAGCUGCUCCUCAGUUUCAAUAUCUGCGCAACAACCUCAUGCUUGGUAAACCUCGCAUGAGUUUGCAGGGGGUAAUAGCUGACCAGCCACGUCAACAAUAG